UGUCUCACCACCCAAUUAAUAAGCUUAAUUCAGAGUAAAGAUGAACGGCACAGAGGGGAAAAACUUCUACAUCCCUAUGUCCAAUCGGACAGGGCUUGUGAGGAGUCCUUUUGAGUACCAGCAAUACUACUUGGCUGAACCAUGGCAAUUCAAACUACUGGCAGUUUACAUGUUUUUUCUAAUCUGUACUGGCUUCCCUGUCAAUGGUUUGACACUGAUAGUUACAGCUCAGCACAAAAAACUCAGACAGCCAUUAAACUUCAUUCUGGUUAAUCUGGCCGUGGCUGGAAUGAUCAUGGUCUGCUUUGGAUUUACUAUCACAAUUACCUCAGCUGUUAAUGGCUACUUUGUCUUUGGACCCAUGGGAUGUGCUAUUGAGGGCUUCAUGGCAACGCUUGGAGGUCAAGUUGCUCUUUGGUCACUGGUGGUGCUUGCCAUUGAGAGAUAUAUUGUUGUCUGCAAGCCCAUGGGUAGCUUCAAAUUCACGUCUUCACAUGCAUUGGGAGGUAUUGCCUUUACUUGGAUAAUGGCAGCUAGUUGUGCUGUUCCCCCACUUGUUGGGUGGUCCAGGUAUAUUCCUGAGGGAAUGCAAUGCUCAUGUGGACCAGAUUAUUACACCUUGAACCCUGAAUAUAACAAUGAAUCAUAUGUUAUAUACAUGUUCAUGUGUCAUUUUUUUGUUCCCGUCACAAUAAUAUUCUUCACAUAUGGAAGACUUGUGUGCACUGUAAAAGCGGCUGCAGCUCAACAGCAGGACUCAGCAUCCACCCAGAAGGCUGAGAAGGAAGUGACAAGAAUGGUCAUUCUGAUGGUUUUGGGUUUCUUGGUGGCAUGGACCCCCUAUGCUAGUGUGGCUGCCUGGAUUUUUUUAAAUAAGGGAGCCGCUUUCAGUGCCCAGUUCAUGGCUGUUCCUGCCUUUUUUUCAAAGAGCUCCUCAAUAUUCAACCCCAUCAUCUAUGUGCUGCUCAACAAACAGUUCCGGAGUUGCAUGCUGACCACUCUUUUCUGCGGAAUGAAUCCUCUUGGUGACGAGGAGUCCUCAGUGUCAACAAGCAAAACCGAGGUGUCCUCAGUGUCUCCAGCUUAAAAACCAAACAUUAUCUACACACUUGUCUCUCCCACCGACUCUUGACAUGGAAACAAUUUUCGCUUAUUUCUAUUAUGAAAGUAAUUGACUAUGCACAUUCAUAUUUUUCUAUUCACAGAAGUCUGUUUUUAUCUUUCCAUAACUUGUCCUCAUUGCACUUUGCAGUAGGUGUCCUGUAACUCAAUCCACUGAGCGCUACUACAACUAACUUUAACAGUAUUAUGAAAUCAAGUUCUGACAGCAGUAGGAACUGCAUUGACUUCUCAGUGGCCACAACACAACAAGAUAAAGAUAAGAUAAAGAUCUGCUUAAGCCAAUUAGCAAGGUGCUUUGCUAACUGUGGUGCUGAACAUUCACCUGGCUUCUCUGGCUAAAGAAUUAAACUGUUUAACUAACUGGAUUCUCUCUCAUGGUGAAAAGCGAGCUUGCUUUUCUGAUUAAUGGUGAUGGAUGUUCAGACAUUUAUGUGCAGCUCUGCUCAAGUUAGGAGUUGUUUACUGUAUAUACUUUGUACAUAAUAAAAUA